GCGACGGCCAUCUGUUCAGGAAUAGCAAUAAAAAAUUCGCACAUUGCCGACUUGCUUCCUACUCCUAGCAUUGAAAAUCAAAGGUACUAAUCAGGGGGUCGAAUAGACAACCCGAAGAUUAAACUAAGGCAAAUAUGCAGGUAGCUGUAGCAUUAUUUGCGGUACUUUUAGCCGGAUUCUCUGCCGACGCUACAGUUUACUUUAAAGAACAAUUUCUCGAUGGAGAUGCAUGGAGCAGUCGCUGGCUGGAAUCCAAACACAAAUCAGACUACGGGAAGUGGAAACUGACCUCUGGAAAGUUCUUUGGGGAUGCUGAGAAAGAUAAAGGUCUCCAAACCAGCCAGGAUGCCCGAUUCUACGCUGUUUCUUCCCGCUUUGAGCCUUUCAGUAAUGAAGGCAAGCCGCUUGUGAUCCAGUUCACUGUCAAACAUGAACAGAAGAUUGACUGCGGGGGUGGGUAUGUCAAGGUCUUCCCUGCAGACUUGGAUCAGGCUGACAUGCAUGGAGACUCCCAGUACUACAUCAUGUUUGGGCCUGAUAUCUGUGGCUACAGCACAAAGAAGGUUCACGUCAUCUUUAACUACAAAGGCAAGAAUCAUCUCAUAAAGAAGGAAAUCAAGUGCAAGGAUGAUGAGAUGACACACCUUUACACUCUCAUCCUGCAACCUGACCAAACCUAUGAGGUCAAAAUUGACAAUGAGAAGGUGGAGUCGGGGUCCCUAGAGGAAGACUGGGACUUUUUGCCCUCAAAAACGAUCAAAGACCCAGAGGCAAAGAAGCCAGAGGACUGGGAUGACCGUGCCAAAAUUGAUGACCCUGAGGACAGCAGACCAGAGGACUGGGACAAGCCAGAGAACAUUCCGGAUCCUGAUGCCAAAAAGCCUGACGACUGGGAUGAGGAAAUGGAUGGUGAAUGGGAGCCACCCAUGAUCCCUAAUCCAGAGUACAAGGGGGAGUGGAGACCGAAACAGAUUGAUAAUCCCAACUACAAAGGAGUUUGGGUCCAUCCUGAAAUUGAUAACCCCGAGUACACACCCGAUUCCUCCAUUUACAAGUUUGACAGCAUUGGAGUAUUGGGACUGGACCUGUGGCAAGUGAAGUCUGGCACCAUCUUUGACAAUUUCCUCAUCACUGAUGAUGUAAAAACUGCAGAAGAGUUUGGAACUGAGACAUGGGGAGCUACCAAGGAGCCAGAAAAGAAAAUGAAAGAGAAACAAGAGGAAGAAGAGAGGAAACAGACAGAAGAGGAGAAGAGUAAGAAGGAUGAAGAUGAUGAUGACGAUGACGAUGAAGGGGAAGAUGAGGAGGAGGAGGAGGGAGAGGGAGAGGAAGAGGAUACAACUGAAGAGCCCAAGGAGGAGGAAGAGGAGGAGGAUGAGGAGGAGGAAGAAGAGGAGGAGGAGGAGGAGGAGGAGGAGGAGGAGAUGACUGGAGGAGAGACGAGAGGAGAGAACUGUGUGUGUAUUGCAAGGGCUGGGAAGGGUUUACAAAACGUGGCUGGUCCUUUCGGAAUGCCAUUCACUGGACAAAGCCAUGGCAAAAGUAUUCUUCAGCGUGAGCGGCGCCUGUCCCAUCCCUCUGAGAGGGUUCAUCGCUCGCUGUGCGCUCUGUUACACUGCUGCUGUACCCGCUGCUUGUGCUGUGUGUGCGUGCGUGUGCGUGUGUGUCUUUAGAUUUACAGUGGCAGUUUAUUUUCUCUUUAAUCACUUUUCCUUUCUACGUCCCCAAACAACUAGCAACGUGCAGGUUUGUUUCGUAUGUUUGUGGUUUGUGUUUGGGCUAUGCUCUGCCCCUGCAGGAAAGCAGCGCCCACAUUAUGAACACAAAAAAACAAACAAAAUAAAGAAUCGGCAGAGGACUGACAAUCGUACUUUGGACAAGCGUACAAGUACAGUAUUUGUAUGGCCGGCAGUGGGUGCUGUUUGGUCUGCGUACAUUCGCAAUUUGUAUCGAUUCCAACCACUCAUUGCAUUUACCGUAAAACACUUCCUAAUUCUAUAUGAAAAGAAGAUAGAUAUACAGGGUUAUUUAUUGCAAGGUAUCAGUGGAUAUCUGAAGCAGCCAGGGUUUGAAUGAUGACAGAGCUUUAGCUUUUCCAGUCACUUUACCAUGUUGCUGAGGCUUACAUGCUGUGUGUUUUGACUUAUGCAAAGUGUUGGUAUUAUUUUAGUUUGUUCUGUGAUCCCUCUGGAUGAUAUAUGGAGCAGUGUGAUUUGGUUAGCCUAGAGGUGGCCAUACCAGGUCCUGGAGAGCCAUUGGGUCUGCUGGUUUUGGUUUACUUGGUACUUAAUUAAAGCAGUUGAUUACCCAGUUAACAUACCUCACCGGGUUUCUUGGGUCUGCAUACGUUGUAAUAUUUAAGGUGAAAACAAAAACCAGCAGACCCUACAGCUCUCCAGGACCUGGGCUGACCACCUCUGGCCGAGGCAUUAGGUAUGUGUGCUGCUCCUUUACUGAAGUACUUGUGCAGAUUUUUUCCCAAGGUUCCUUGGAAAAUUAUAUCGACGCGUUAAAAAAAAGUUUUAUUGAUGCAUGUAUUUAUUUGGCAGCUCGGAAGGCAAAAGCAAAAAAAACAAAACAAAAAAAAAAACAGGCAUUGAUGGGGUUUUUAAAAAAGCACAGAGCAAAUGCAUAGUUUAGGAAUUACAUGGGCUUAUAACUACCUACGCAGAUAGUCUACGAUAUUAGAACUCAAGUAUGCUCCUGCCUUUUAUUUUUGUGACACUACACAUGAAAGGAAAUAUGAGUUUUACUGCUGUACCAUCAAAGAGCCAUUUGAAUUGCACACUAGAGUAUUUUUCCUCUUUUCAUUCUUUUGACUCAACUGACUUGUGCUUCACUGUGCUGAAAGUACACCAUUAGGGGUUACGUUAAAAAAAUCUGGCUUUGAAAUGAAAGCAGAGUCAUAAUGAAGCUGAGCUAGGUUGUAAUGAAUAAUGUUUGUAAUGCAUGAAACUGAUGAAACUUUAACCCAAAGAAUCUUAAAUGCAUUGUGUGUUUAUAUAAUUUGAGUUUGGAUCUAACCCCCUUCCUCCAAGGACAUUUCAUUUAUCAUUCUGGAAGUAAAGCAAACCUGACCGACCUGCUAGUUAUUCUUACAAACCUACUGCGUACAAACCUGCUAUUGGACAAAAUGGCUUCAUAAAAUUAACAUUUUUGCUAGACCUUAUAUUAUUUAGGUAAACAUGCUUGCACAACAUUCUUGAUAAAAAUGUGCUGAAUCUGGGCUGUAUCCUUUCCAGUUGGUUAGUGUGCAGGUUUUGUAUUUAGUCGAAUUGUGCAACUAGAUGGUCAUAGAAUUAAAUUUUUUAUUUUGAAGUGGCAAACCAAAAAAAAAAAAAAAUUGUGAACCUAUUGAAAUUACUGAGGUAGUGCAAUCUGUUCAUUUCAGUAAUGGCAUCAUGCAAAUUUCUCCAAUAUUUGAGCAAAAUCUUGUGAGGAUGUCUCACAGAAAUAUAAUUAUAAAACUACUAAACCAGGAUUGUAAACUA